AUGGCACCCCAGCGCCCAGGAUCCCUUCCGAACAUUCAUGUCCCCCCCAUUGAGUCUGUCACGGCAUCCAACACAUAUACAAAUGGUGGCCUCUCUACCCCCCAAUCAUCCAUCUACAGCGAAAUCAAAUCAACUCUUGCGCUUCCAGACACAACCAUUGCGCCCAAAUCUCCACGUCUAGAACAACCACAGAUACUAACCACGGAUUUCUAUUUAGAUCGUGAAGGGAAAUAUACGGCCGAUAUGCUUACACGGUUUCGAAACUUGGUGAUGUUGGCGAAUAGUCAGAAAUCGGCGGAUGAUAAUGGGAGCAAGGCGUCGAGGGAGGUGGCUGCUAGUGAGGCGCUUGCUAUGGAGGUUGAGACUAGGGCUUUGGUUCGUGCUGCGGAAGACUUGCUCCAACUGACCCGCGAGAUGAAAGAACUAUGGUUAUUCGGCCCAUUACGAGAAAUCGGAGAAGGAGAAGGGGAGGGAAAGAUGGACGAGGACUCCGUCAAAGUUGGGGAGAUGGUAGAGCAGAUUCUGAGGAAAGAUGCCGAGUCUUCCAAAUCAAAACUGGCGGGAUGA